AAACCCGGCUGGGUGGAUCGCCCCGGGGCCAGGUUCCGCGCUCCCCUAGCGGGUCAGUGCACGCUAGAGACCGGGGUUGCAGGGCGGGAGUAUGAAUUACGGGACGGUAGGAAACUGCAGCCCCAGCGAGUGGGCGGACGAGGAGACCUAGGAGGGUUCAAAAGGAGGUGGAGGGAUACACGGGCCACAGUCGGAACUACUUUCAGGAGGAGGUCACGUGUGUUCCUAGUUGGGGAACUUUCCAAAUUCCCACUCCCAUUUGAUAGCUCUAGAGGCAAGUGCUUCGCUUCCUUUGCCCAGGGUGCUCCCGCCAUGUACGGGUAGCUGGACCCCAGAGCCUACCCGGUUUCGGCAGAAGAAUAGGCUCAGACGAUCCUCCCGCCGGAGCGCUGUCGGUGCUGGCGCCUGAGGAGCUGGUUACACAAGCACCCACAUCCAAGCACGUGCCCCCGCCUCCUCUCACCUUGGCUGCCGCCGCUGAUUCUUGCGGAUCUCGGAGCAAGAGUUCCCAAGCUGGGCACCCUUUCCUGCUACCCACAGAGCAAGCUAGAGGACGGAGACCUGAAACUCCGAGCUCUGGAUCCGCUACCACUGCGCCUUCCAAACCGUGGGAGAAGGGGCUGGGCCCCGGGGGUCUGGCGCAUCUUCCUUGCUAGUGCCCUGCCCCCUAGGGCGAACCUUUCUGGUGCUGUACUCGCGGGGCAAAGGGUAUCUACUGCAGCAGCCCGGUGAUUGAAUUCAACGAUGUUGCGACAAACUUUCAGUCACUACUGAGCUGGUGAGCGCGCCCCACCUACUGUAGACUCAGCCUAGUGACUUAUCUGGUCGGAGAACCUAGUCCAUGGCCUUCAGCCCAGAACAAACUUGUCAAGUCUGCUUAGAGCUCGGAUUGUUUGACCUAAACCGCGAAAGAUCUGGUUCGGAAAUGCUGAAAAUUAGAGCACAUUUACCCUGGCAUCGAUCGGCUGCAAAUUCCUAAGAUCACUGGGAGAAUAUCUUCCAAACAACGAUGGAAAGGAGGCAACUGUUAUACGUGGAUUGAGAAAAAGAAAAGGGACUAUGCUCUUUUGAAAGGAAGGAAAUGCCAAAAGCUUCCGGGAAUAGAGGGAAACACUGCCACCUGCUGAAGAGUUGGAGUCAAUGAAAAUGGUGCCAGGCAUGGUUAGAGGGAGCAUCUCCUGCAGGGCUCAAAAUACCGUAUGCUAACACAUAUAUAUGGAA